AUGACCGGAUUGAAAGUGCUCAUCUGCGGCGCAGGCAUUACCGGUAAUGCCCUGGCCUUUUGGCUAUCCAAGAUGGGCCAUCAAGUCACGGUCAUCGAAAGGCAUUCGAGCUUGCGUGCCACCGGGCUGCAAGUCGACCUCCGAGAACCGGGUAUCACAGUCUUGCGACGGAUGGGCCUUGAGCAACAAUUCCGUGCCAGGUCUGUUCGCGAACAGGGCAUGGAAAUUGUCGACCAUGCCGGCAAACGCAAGGCAUAUUUCGCCGCCAAUCGAUCUGGCUUGGGAAUGCAGAGCUUCACCACGGAUUAUGAGAUUAUGCGAGGUGACCUCUGUCGGUUAUUAUACGAUGCUACCAAGGACCGCGCAACCUUCGUCUUUGGAACGACGAUCGAGAGCUUCACACAGCGGGAAGGUCACGUUGACGUACAGUUCUCUGAUGGCAGCCACGACUGGUUUGAUCUCUUAGUGGGAGCCGAUGGACAAGGUUCGCGCACACGGAAGUUGAUUCUCGGAUCUGAACCAGAUCCAUUUCACCCAUUGGGGGUUCACAUAGGAUAUUUCACCGUCCCACGGGAGAUUCAACCCGGGGAGGAGUACAACGCGGCAAUAUACAUCGCUCCCGGGCGGCGCUUUAUCUUCACACGGAGGCAUAGUCCGCAUGCCAUUCAGGUUUACCUCGCGUGCAAAACCGACUCGGAUCGACUGGUUAAGGCACGCGGAAACACCGAGGAGGAAAAAGAUGAGCUGGCGGAGAUCUUUCGUGGAGCAGGAUGGCAGACGGACCGGAUUCUAAAGGAGCUCCAGAGCGCGGAUGACUUCUACUGCGAGCGUCUGGGGGUGGUCAGAAUGGACUCCUGGUCUGCCGGUCGAGUCGCCCUCGUCGGAGAUGCGGCGUACUGCCCAUCGGCGACCACCGGUAUGGGAACGACGUCGGGCUUAGUGGGGGCGUAUAUCCUCGCGGGAGAGAUCAGUAAACAUUACCAAGCGGAUCACGAGUCAAAGGAUCGUCUCCUCCUCGCUCUCAAGGCGUAUGAUGACACAUAUCGACCUUUUAUAUCCCAAGUUCAGAAGGGAAUCGAAAAAGGCUCGACAUUCUGGGACUACACCCCAUCUUCAUGGUGGGGGAUUACCAUUUUACACAUUCUCUUAUGGGUAGCUUCUUUCCUGCGAUUGGAUAUCCUCAGCCAAUGGUUCAUCCGUGAAGAUACAACCUGGGCCUUGCCGGAUUACAAGAAGAUGGAGCAGAGUUGA